CAACAACAACAAUGAAUACAAAAACGGAAGAAGCAAAUAUAUCAUCAUCGUCAUCAUCAUCAUCAAUGAUGAUCAAUUCUAGUCUAUUAACAUUACGUGCCAAUCUAUCAACAUUCCUAUCAUCAUUUUUAUUUCUUUGUGUUGGUGUCAUAUUCAAUCUUGCUGUCUUAGCCAUUAUACAUGAACGUGUUCCAUAUGAUACGGCAACAUUACCAGAUAUUGCAUUCGAUUUGUUACCAAAAUAUGAUCUAGCAUUGAAUGUAUCUGAAUAUAUUAUCAUGUUUAUGAGUGCAUCCGUCCUAUUAAUGAUUGCAAGUCAUCGAUAUCGUUGGAUUAUAAUUUCACGUUUAUUCAUUAUUCUUGGUUUAUUAUACAUUUUUCGUGCCAUUUGUAUGUCAGUAACACAAGUUCCCGUUUCGAAUAAAGAUUAUUAUUGUGCACCAAGGCUCAAUCUACAGGAAACAUCGGCUUGGGAAUUAUUCAAAACUGUUAUGUGGCGCAUCAUUUAUCUAUCUGUCGGUAUGGGCCUUUCAGUUAAUGGCCAUCAUACAUAUUGUGGAGAUUUUAUUUUCUCUGGUCAUACGGUCAUACUUGUAACAUCUGAUCUAUUUCUUGUUUAUUAUUGGUUAUCUGAUCGUCGUCCUAUUUAUUUUCAAUUCAUCAAAUAUGGCUACCAUUUAUUGGUCGGUACUGGAAUUAUUGCCAUACUCGUCGCAAGAGGUCAUUAUAUGGUCGAUGUUGUUUUAGCUAUUGUUAUUAGUCAAUUGAUAUUUUAUAUUUAUCACAUGUUGUGCCAUUAUGCCAUUAUUCAUAGUCACUACCAUCAACAACAACAACAACAACAAUGUUCAUUUUUGAAACAAUCAUCACAGUGUGAUAAUCAUUACAAUCAUAAUGAACAUAAUAAUCAUCAUCAAUCAACAGAUACGUCUAUAGUUAUUAAAUCAGAUUCCGAUUCAAAUAAAAAUAAUAACAAUAAUAAUCAUCCAUUAACAUCGGGAGAAUCAUUUAUCUAUCAUCAUCAUCAUCACCAACAAUGUCAAUUAGAAAGGAAUCCAUUGAAUACAUGGUGGUAUACAAUAUUUGAAUAUUUCGAAAAAAAUACAAUACAUCAUCAGAUAGAGAUUGUAAAUUCAUUUGAAUGGCCAUGGAAAAUUUUUAUGAAAUCUAAACGUCAGCCAUUGAUGUUGAUGAUUGUUUAACAAACGAUUGAUCAACAUUGUUUUAUUUUUUCUCUCAAACCAAAAAAAAAAACCAAACAAACGGAAUCAAACCAAACUUGUCUGUCUGUCAAAUAUCUAUCCAAAAAAAAAUUGAAUCAAAAAUUCUCUCUGUUUUUUAUUUUUUCAAAGAUCAAAUCAUCAUCAUCAAUAUUUUUAUACUGCAAAUUUUUAUCUCUAAAUUCUCCAGAAAAAAAACAAUGUAUCAUCA